UUUGGUUCCCUAACGCCAAUAUUUACUCUAGCGUCAAGAACAUUGUUUUGUUACCAUUCAAGAUGCCCAAGUCAUUCUUGAUCAAGAAAUCAACUGGAAUAACGUCCCAUCUCAGCAGGGGAGCAGAAGUUAAAACUAAUCAAACACAAGAAAAAAAUCCCCGCCCUGAGGAAAAUGAGUCAAUCCAGCCAUCUGCCAUGGAUACCCCAAGAUGGGACGGUUGGGAACCACUGGAUAUGUCCGAAUACGAAACAAGCGUGGAAUCAGUUCAUAACGUUGUAAAAGAAUUUCAGAAUCAAAUGUCCCGGUUUCCGGGAACUCCGAUUCUUUUUCCAUCAUCAGAAGAUUCUACCUCUAUCGCUUCAUUCCUGGGGCAACCAUUUCAAUCUCCCUCGCGCGAUUCAACCCCUGUCUCUGAAGAAGCAGCUAAGUCGGACAAGGAAAAGCCAUUCCAGUGUAACUACUGUGUGAUGUCCUUCACUCGCCCUAGUGAUCUCCAGCGCCAUCUUCUCAUUCAUAACAACAAUAAGCCAUAUAAAUGUGAGGAGUGUGACCGCGAGUUUACGUGGUUUGGCAACUUUCAAAAGCACGUGCUUUCGCAUAUGGGGGGUACUACCAGAGCGCCAGGGACUUUGCCCUUCUCAGCAAUGUUCACUUUCCUGGCACGUGAACAAGUCAAAGAUCUUUUCAUUAAAGAUGGUGAAAAGUACAAGUGCCGUCUAUGCGCCAAGGAUUUCACCCGACUCAGUGGCUUAAAAACGCAUAUUCGCAUGCACACAGGAGAGAGGCCUUAUGUCUGUGAGGUCUGCUCAUUUGCAUUUACUACGUCACGUGCCCUGAAGAUGCACGUGCGCCUACAUACUGGGGAGAAACCUUACAAGUGCGAGGAGUGCGGGCGCGCUUUCACAAGGAGGGACGAGAUGCAUACCCACAUGUAUAUACACAAAGGAGAGAAGCCAUUCAAGUGCGACAUCUGUUCGGCCUCAUUCAUUCGCUACGGUCAUCUACAACGCCAUCUCCUCAUUCAUAGCGAUGACAAACCAUACAAGUGUAAAGUGUGUCCCAAGUCCUUCACUCAGUACCGCAACCUACAGACUCACAUGUACAAACAUACCGGGGAGAGGCCUUACAGGUGCAGGUACUGCCCUAAGGGAUUCACCCAGUAUGGCACCCUCCAAGCACACGAGCGAACACACACCGGAGAGAAACCCUUCCAAUGCCAAUUCUGCGAAAAGGCUUUCAUUACAUCAUCACACCUUAGAUGGCACAUAAAGACACAACACAAUGCCAAAAAAGACUAGAUAAUCAUUUGAAUGACCAUAUAAGAACUAGCUUAGGCAGUAAAACACGCUUUUGGUGCAAAAUGCUGUAAUAAAUAGCUUCUAGUCAGGUUGCACAGUUUCUUAAGACAAAUAUAAAAUGGUUUGAAAAUUAAUUUUUGGGUAAAUAUAAGGCUAUCACUUGCAAAACAAGAGCGUACAUAUUGUGAGCACAAUUCAAGUCCACGGGGUAUUUGUAUAUACAGAAAAAGGCUCAUAUAAGGUGAGUCUGACUUUCACAACAUGUAGAAAUUUGCUGAAUAUGUCUUUUCUUUGUUCGUCUGAAUCGAUUUUAAGAGUCAAUUUUUUUUUCGUAGUUUCAAGUGAUGUAACAAGUAGAAUUUAGAGGGGAAAUUAGGAAAUUUAUCAGGAAGACAUAGUUUUACAUGCACACAGCUGAUUAGGGAAAGCCAACUUUGAACUUUGCUUUACAGCGAGCUCGUGCGCGAUUAUGCCGUUGAGGCGAGUUGACAUUGUCAACUGAUUAUGUAAAUAUUUCAUUUUUUCCAUUACAUCAGCCAAUAAACAGUUUGAGUUACUACAGAAUAUCAGUAUGGUCCUGUCUAGGCCAUGUACUCAAUUCCGCCAAAAGGGAUAGGUAUUAAACUAUUGAACCGAAAA